AUGGAACACAGCAACAAUGGAACAGAUCUCAUUGUUGGCUUCAUCUCCUAGGAUGUAGCUGUUAUCUUAUUUGGGUCCAACUUCGUUCCAGUUAAAAAAUUUGAUACUGGAGAUGGAAUGUUUCUUCAGUGGAUUCUCUGUGCUGCCAUAUGGACAGUUUCCUUAAUGGUCAAUGUGUUACUCCACUGUCCCAAGUUCUGGCCUCUUGCAAUGCUUGGGGGUUGUGUUUGGGCCACAGGUAACAUCACUAACCCAAUUGUUAAAACAAUUGGUUUAGGCCUUGGACUUUUAAUCUGAGGAUCAUUUAAUUCGUUAACAGGCUGGGCAAGUUCAAGUACUGUCAUAUUUUUGUUUGUAAAAAGUGAAGUACCAAGUUUAACAAGUUCCAUUAUUAAUUGAAUAUUAUUAAGAAGUAAGGCAAUCAACUGUACUCAGACCAAUGGCCUGGAUUAUUUGUGGACCACAAAGCUUUCUCAAUUACAAAACAGAAUAAUAGACUGUGUUCUUGCAGUUGCAUCUGGAAUAUUCUAUGGAUGCAGUUUUGUGGCAAUAAUUUAUAUCAAGGACCAUGGCAAAAGGAACAACAGUAUAUAUAAAGGGUCUAGUCAAUAUGAUUUGGACUAUGUCUUUUCAUACUUCAGCAGUAUAUUUGUUACAAGCACCAUCUACUUCCUGGCCUACUGCGAAAUCAUGAAAAAUAAUCCCAAAGUUUAUUCUCAAGUAAUAUUACCAGGGUUUUUUUCUGGAGUGUUUUGGGCAGCAAUAGCUAGUUGCUGCUGGUUCAUAGCUAAUCACUCUCUAAGUACUGUGAUCAGUUUUCCAAUAAUUCUUUCAGGGCCUAGGACUAUAGCUGCAAUAUGGGGUAUCUUUCUAUUUAAAGAAAUAAAGGAUAUUAAAAAUUAUAUAUUAAUUACACUUGCAUUUUGUAUCAUAUUAGCUGGAGCCUUCGCCACUGCCUUUUCUAAAGUUUAA